CAAGCCCCCAUCAGUUGCGGCCGCGCGCUCGUGCCGUUGCGCUGCGGCAAAGCCUCCCCCCACACCUCUCUCCUCCACCCGCCGCCCCCGCGGGACCGAAACCCUAGCUAGGGUUCUGCCCGCCGCCGCCGCCGCCUUCGAUCCAGACGCGGCCAGGCUUCCCGCAACACCGCCAUGGACACGGGCCGCAAGCGGACCGCACCGGAGGGCGCCAACGGCGCGGGCGGCCCCAAGCGCGCGAGAGCACUGCGGGUUGCCCCUUUGGUGCAAGUUGCCAUUUUCUCCAUAACUUCCCGGGUGGCUACCAGGCCGUUUCAAAGAUGACCAACUUGGGUGGACCGCCUGUUCCGGCUCCACCAGGAAGAAUGCCUAUGGGACCUGGUGGUCCUGAUGGGCCACCUUCACCUGCUGUGAAGACUCGCAUGUGUAACAAGUACAACACUGCCGAAGGAUGUAAAUGGGGGAGCAAGUGCCACUUUGCUCAUGGAGAGAGGGAGCUUGGAAAGCCCCUGCAGAUGGACAACCCGAUGGGACCUCCUCCAAUGGGGCCAGGGCCCAACGGGCACUUCAUGCCACCGCCAAUGCCUUUCCCAGACAUGGUUCCUCCCUCCACAUUCGGUGCUUCCGCCACAGCCAAGAUCAGCGUCGAUGCAUCCCUUGCUGGUGCCAUCAUUGGGAAGGGUGGUACCAACACAAAGCAUAUAUCCCGAGUGACUGGGGCCAAGUUAGCCAUCCGGGACAACGAGGCUGAUCCCAACCAUAAAAACAUCGAGCUCGAGGGAACAUUUGACCAGAUCAAGCACGCUAGCGCAAUGGUCACAGAGUUGAUUGUCCGCAUCAGUGGUAAGCCGCCUCCACAAGCCAAGAACAACCCAGGUAGGGGGCCUGGUUCUCAUGCCGGGGGUCCUGGAAGCAACUUCAAAACCAAAUUGUGCGAGAACUUCAACAAAGGCUCCUGCACCUUUGGAGACAGGUGCCACUUCGCCCAUGGCGAAGGUGAGCUGCGCAAACCUGCUGCUGCUUGACAGGCAUGCUUAUUGUGGCCUGUGGUGAUUAAUCUGCCUGUAUGGCUGAAUAACACCAUGACCAAGGACAGUGGCGCCAGCGCCAUGGUGAAGUGUGCUGAGCCACAUGCUGCCUGAGAGAGAGCAUUUCCCUGUGGCUCGUAUUUGAUCUUAAUGCUGUAACAAACUCUCCUCGAUGGAGAUUAAGCAAUGGCCGUUUAUUUAGGAUUUGUAGGAUUGCCGUAUUGGUCACCCUUUUAUCUAUCCUGUUUUUGGCCUGUGGUGAUUAAUCUGCCUGUAUGGCUGAAUAACACCAUGACCAAGGACAGUGGCGCCAGCGCCAUGGUGAAGUGUGCUGAGCCACAUGCUGCCUGAGAGAGAGCAUUUCCCUGUGGCUCGUAUUUGAUCUUAAUGCUGUAACAAACUCUCCUCGAUGGAGAUUAAGCAAUGGCCGUUUAUUUAGGAUUUGUAGGAUUGCCGUAUUGGUCACCCUUUUAUCUAUCCUGUUUUUGUACCGUUU